CCAGCGGUAGCUGGCCGGGUGGGCUCGCGCUGGGACGCUCGUGCGCGCACGCGCACACAACGCGGAGCGGAGCGCGAGACAUCGAGGAGGGGAGUAAGAAGCAUCUGAGGAGGGGACAGAGGAGGCGGUGUGUGUGUAUCUGCGUGUUCUACGGUGCGGCUACUCGAGGGGCGAGCGGAGGCUUGAAAGAGGGCGAGGGAGAAGCGAAAAGAGUCUCCCUCAGCGAGAGCCUCUAAUCUGGUUGCUAUGGAAAUAUAUGACCACAUAAAAGGAAGUCCAUCCUGAUAAUUCUGAUACCUGAGAUGGAACUGGACUGAAGAGUGGAACAGGAAAAAUUUUAGUGCCAACCUUAAUUACAAUGGAUACUGAUUCAGGGGAGCCAGCUAGCACAGAAGAUUCUGAGAAACCUGAUGGAGUUUCAUUGGAAAACAGAGUUCCUCAGGUUGCAGCAACUUUGACAGUGGAAGCUAGACUAAAGGAGAAAAGCAAUACCUUCUCUGCUUCUGGAGAAACUAUAGAAAAGAAAAGAUUCUUUCGAAAGAGUGUUGAGAUGACAGAAGAUGACAAAGUUGCUGAAUCUUCCUCCAAAGAUGAGAGAAUAAAGACUGCAACAAAUGUUCCAAGAGUAGAAAAGCUUCCUACAAAUGUGCUAAGAGGAGGACAAGAAGUUAAAUAUGAGCAAUGUUCAAAGGGAACGUCAGAAUCCUCAAAAGAUUAUUUCAAGGAGAAAAAUGAAAAGGAGAUGGAAGAAGAAGCAGAAAUGAAGGCUGUAGCUACUUCUCCUAGUGGCAGGUUCCUGAAAUUUGACAUAGAACUGGGAAGAGGAGCAUUUAAAACAGUAUAUAAAGGACUGGACACUGAAACAUGGGUUGAGGUUGCUUGGUGUGAGCUGCAGGACCGGAAAUUAACCAAAGCCGAGCAGCAAAGGUUCAAGGAAGAAGCAGAGAUGUUAAAGGGUCUCCAACAUCCCAAUAUAGUUCGAUUCUAUGAUUCCUGGGAGUCUAUAUUAAAAGGAAAGAAAUGUAUUGUAUUAGUGACGGAACUUAUGACAUCAGGAACCUUAAAGACGUACUUAAAACGAUUUAAAGUAAUGAAACCAAAGGUCUUAAGGAGCUGGUGCAGGCAGAUUUUAAAGGGGUUGCAGUUCUUGCACACUAGGACUCCUCCUAUUAUUCAUCGGGAUCUGAAGUGUGACAAUAUUUUCAUCACGGGACCCACUGGAUCUGUGAAGAUUGGUGAUCUAGGACUAGCCACCUUAAUGCGUACAUCAUUUGCUAAAAGUGUCAUUGGUACUCCUGAGUUUAUGGCCCCAGAGAUGUAUGAAGAGCAUUAUGAUGAAUCUGUGGAUGUCUAUGCUUUUGGAAUGUGUAUGCUAGAAAUGGCUACUUCAGAGUACCCUUAUUCUGAAUGCCAGAAUGCAGCUCAAAUAUACCGUAAAGUAACUAGCGGUAUAAAACCAGCCAGUUUUGAUAAAGUCACUGAUCCUGAAGUGAAAGAAAUCAUCGAGGGAUGUAUUCGUCAAAACAAAUCUGAAAG